GAUGGGAUCAUUGCGAGCAGGCCUAUUAGGAUUUUUCAUAUGGAUUUCUCUGGCACAGAUAAAAACCACUCAGGCACAAGCAGAAUGCAGUAUCAUCGUAUCCAUAAAAUCCACGUCGGCCUCGUCGCUCCUUGUACAGUGGAACAGUUUUCCAGGAGCCACCAAUUACUUUCUGGAUCUGAGGGUGGUGAACUCCAGCGCUGUAGCGCCGGUGGUCGUCACCCUGCCCGCCUUCAGCACGCAGAAAGAGGUGUUCGGCCUGCGGCCAGGAGCUCUGUACACUGUGGUGGUCAAAGUGUUUCAGUUCUACAGAGUGACAUGCAUGGAUACGGAGACGGCCAGGACAGUGCCAGACGUAUCUCAGAUAAUCUAUUCCAAAGCAAUCUCCAGCACAGCCGUCACACUAGAGUGGGAGAAAGUGGCUGCAGUGGAUCAGUACUUCCUACUGAUGAAUUCAACUGCAAGUGGGGAGCGAUACAACUUCUCUUACACGGGGACCAGGACUGUGAUCCAGAAUCUACGUCCAGUCACUUCUUACGACUGUUACGUUUUUACCUCAAACGCAGCGGGCCUGGGAGCACGAAGCAGAGUCCGUACUGUCACCACAUUGGUCCAGCCACCAGCAGUGGUCACAGUGGAUCGUACAGCAAGUGAAUCUUUGCGCAUUAGAUGGCAACCUGUAGACCGAGUGCUGCUCUAUAAGGUCACUGUUAUAGAUUCUCGGGGGACACAGCUUGUGAGCACCACCACCUCGUUGACUUUCCUGGAUGUGCAGAGUGUUCUUCCGUGUUCCUUGUACCAAAUCUCAGUUUCCUCUGUGAACACAUUCCUGGAACCUGGAGAAUCGAGACAGGUCAACUACACUACAAACACUCUGAGUCCAGUGACGUCUGUGUGGGUGGAUUACAACUGUGUCAGUGCGUCUGCAACGGUGUCGUGGGGAGCCACAUUUGGGGCUGAAUCUUACCAUGUAACAGCAGUCAGCCAUGAUGGAACGGUACUUUCCUGCUCCUCCAGUGGAACCUCAUGCCAGCUGACCAAUGUGGGGUGUGGAGGGGACUAUGUGGUCCACAUCAGUGCCAUCGCCAACAACUGUGAAAGCACAGGCAAUGCUACUGCAUUCUUCCAGUCAGUGCCGUGCGCCCCAGCUAAUCUGGAGCUGUUCCGCGAGUGCAGCAGUAAUGUCAUCAUCUUCUCCUGGGCUCCAACUAAUAACACAGCGUUCUACAUAGCACAUGCGGAGGACUCAACAGGGGCCACCCAGGACUGCCUGACCUCCGACACUUCUUGUUUCUUCACUCAGACGGAGUGCGGGCGGAGCUACAGCUUCACUGUCUACUCCGCGACUGGAGAUUGCAAUGGUGCACCCAGCCAGGCAGUGCAUAUACGCACAGCACCGUGCCAGCCCACUAACAUGAUUACCAUGUCGGACUGCCAAACGGACAUUUUGACGUCUACAUGGGAUGGAGCGGACGGGGCUUUACGCUACAUCGUACAGGGUUAUGGUAACCAUGGAAAUGAGAGUCGCUACACCUGCAGCUCAGUGACUAACAGCUGUAUCAUCCCUGGUGUGAUGUGUGGAGAAAGCCUGACAAUGAUGAUCACUGCUUUUGAUGACGAGUGUCCCAGUGAGCCUGUUUUAGGAGCGGAGGCAUGGACUGUUCCCUGUGCACCUCAGAGUGUCUCACCUGUUAUGGACUGUAGUUCUGACUCCAUCACUCUUACAUGGAGGGGGGCUAAUGGCGCGUUGAUGUACAUUGCCACGGCAAUGGACACUUCAGGCACGAGGUACAUUUGCACCUCAGCAAAUGUACGGUGUCAGAUCACAGGCCUGCACUGCGGUACCACAUACAGCGCCUCGGUCAUCUCCACCAACUUCAUCUGCAACAGCUCUGUCAGUAACACUGUUACUGUAGAAACAGCUCCCUGUCCCCCAGCUCAGGUGCAGGCUGCACUGGACUGUGAUGGGAACAAGGCACUGGUCAGCUGGCUGGGAUCACGGGUCACAGCUGCCUAUACAGCUAUGAUGGAGGACCAGAGUGGUGGUCUCCUGAGCUGCAGCACCACGGCCAGCAGCUGCUGGGUGCCCAGCCUUAAGUGUGACCAGACCUAUGAUGUCAGCGUAACCUACCAUGAUGGCAUCUGUCCCAGCAAGCCCUCACCGCCGAUCCACAUGAAAUCAGUUCCAUGUGGGCCAGUAAAUGUUCAGGCACAGGUAAACUGUGGCUCAGGAGUGUUGGGGAUGAACUGGAAUCAGACAGAUGGUGCUGAUGGUUACACGGCUAGUGUGGUUGCCACUAGCAAUGGGGAUCAGCUGUACUGCAACUCUACUUCGCCAUCCUGCAGCCUCAGCUCUCUUAAAUGUGGCGAGUCAUAUGCCCUUCAAGUUCGAUCCUACAAUGGAACCUGCUUCAGCAUGCCCAGCCAACCGCUGAUUCUAAAAGAAGUGCCAUGUGUGCCAACGAGUGUGAGGGUCAGAAGCACCUGUGGCAACAGCACUGUGGUCAUGUGGCAAGCCAGCCACGGAGCUGUGUCCUACAGGGUCAUUGCUGUGGGCAACAGAGGUCACCAGACAGAGUGUCUGUCCAAUGGGACCAUAUGUAGCCUGAUGGAUCUUCAAUGCGGCCAAGUGUACGACAUUAGUGUGAUGGCCGUGGAUGAGGCCUGUACCAGCCAGAAGAGCCAGAGUGUUACCCUGCAGACAGCUCCUUGUGCUCCUACCAACGUCCACAGUCUCGUCCAGUGCAACACUAACACUGUAACGCUGAGCUGGGACUCUAGCCCCAAUGCUGUGGCCUAUGUAGGAAGGGGAGUAGGAACCGAUGGACACACCGUGAUGUGUAACAGUACUUCUUUGGGAUGUCAGCUAACAGGCCUGCACUGUGGUCAGGAUUACACUUUCAGAGUUGUCGCCAGUGAUGGCACCUGCAUGAGCCCAGACAGUGACAUCUAUGUACAACCAACUGCUCCUUGUGCCGUGCAGGCCGUUUCCAAUUUCCUGCACUGUGACACCAACUCUGUAAGCGUGAGCUGGGUGGCUGGUGCCACAACUCUGAACUACAGCGCCCUCGCCAGGCCUUCAAAUGGUACUGCACUUAGCUGCACCUCAGGCAGCUCAAGCUGUGACAUCACAGGACUGCAGUGUGGUCAAAACUACACUGUCAUUGUCACUGCAACCAACAGAGUGUGCACAGGACCGGAGAGCGUACGUCAGACUGUACAGACAGCUCCGUGUAUGCCUGUCUCUGUGCGUGCCAGUGUAAUAUGUGUCAGUAACACAGUGAGGGCAUCAUGGGGUCAGACGCCGGGCGCUCUUUCCUACACCAGCGUUCUGACUGGUCCAGGCGGAUACACUCAGUCAUGCUCAACUUCCAGUCUCUCCUGCUCCUUCAGCAACCUGACCUGCGCUCAGAUUUACACCCUCCAUGUGGUCGCCAACGACAACCACUGCAACAGCACUGUGAGUCCAGACGUCUCUGUGACAACAGCACCUUGCGACCCUGAUAGUGUGCAUGCUGACCUGCAGUGUGGCUCAGGCGUAAUGAACGUGUCGUGGCAUGCCAGCGCUGGUGCCAGUAUGUACACUGUCCUGGCUUAUGGGCAAAACCAGACGGUCCCUUCCUCUUCCUGCCUCACCUCCAGUACCUCCUGCGCCCUCACACAGCUGCAGUGUGGAGCGGUGUUUAACGUUAGCGUUCUCGCUGGUGACUCCAUCUGCAACAGCAGCUCACGUGCUGGGAUCACAGUGAAAACAGCUCCCUGUCCCCCCAGGUUGCAGGCUCCUUCCCUGAGCUGCAUCAGUGGCCAGGCCAUGGUGUCAUGGACUGGUGACCAGGAUGCUAUGGGGGUCAGCAUAAAUGCCACAUCAUCCCUGGGUCACUCUGUGGGCUGCAGCUCUGCGAACCACAGCUGUGCUCUGCAGGGCUUGCAGUGUGGACAGACCUACGCUCUUCGGGGCACCAUCCAAGGCCUGCGCUGCGAUAGCAACCCAAGUAGUCCACUCAAUAUAGUCACAGCCCCCUGCACUCCCGCAGGGGUGAGUGUGGAUUAUGUCUGUGGGACAAGUGUGGCAGUGUUGAGCUGGAACGAGAGCUUGGGGAGGCAGAGCUUUUUUGCCCGUGUGGAUACGAGGGAUCACACAGACUCUUGCAGCAGCAACCAGACCCACUGCACUAUCUCAUCUCUGCUUUGUGGACACAUGUACAAUGUCAGCGUACAGGCAGUGGCAGGACAGUGCAACAGCAGCAGUGUAGCCAAGACGCAGCUGCAGACAGCCCCCUGCAUUCCUCAGAAUGUCUCUGUUAGUCUGCAGUGUGCCAAUAACACAGCCUCAGUGUCUUGGUUGGCCAGCCCUGGUGCAGUGGGCUACAAUGUCACUGCUGUGGCACAUGACGGCGAUGCCAAAUUUUGCCGCACCUCAAUGACCACCUGCCAGCUGCCCAACAUGCAUUGUGCUCAGACUUAUGACAUCGUGGUCACACCCUUCUCAGACACAUGUAAUGGGUUCCAGAGCAGUGUUUUCACCUUCAGUGCAGGUCCAUGUCCACCUACUCAAGUUAAGGCAUCUCUACACUGUGAAAAUAAUGUUGGUUCCAUCAGCUGGCUGGCCAGUUUGCAUGCCGACAUGUACAUUGCUACAGCGACAGGGAUAGAUGGCCACACUCACACCUGCACUACUAACACCACAAGCUGCUCGUUCUUGGACCUGCACUGUGGAGAAAACUAUACCAUUACUGUGGUAACUGUGGAGCGUGGCUGCCGAAGUGAACCCAGCACACCUGUCAAGCUGAGAUCAGCUAUCUGUCCUCCAACCAACCUGGCUGCGCAUGCUUUCUGUGACACCAAUGACAUCUCUAUUACGUGGGACCCCAGCCCACAGUCCGACGUCACCUACUACUUGUUUUCCCAGCAGGUGGGCGGGCCUAACUACACCUCCAGCACCAUGACCCCAUCCCUCACAAAGACAGGCCUUCAGUGUGGCUGGGUUUUCACAGUGCGGGUGGCUGCACAGGACACCACUUGCACCAGCAGUUACAGCGCACCUGUGCAGAUCUAUACAGCUCCAUGCCCACCGUUGGACCUGGCAGCUACAGCUGAGUGUGGCACUAACAUGGGAGACCUCAGUUGGCAAGGUGGUGCUGGUGCCCUACUCUACAUUGCUAAUCUGUUGAGUGAUGAGGGUCAUGCUGUUUCCUGUAUGUCUAACACUACAUCCUGCAAGGUGAAGCUGGAGUGUGGACAUCAUUACACAGCUGCUGUUGUCUCCUCCACUGGGUACUGCAACAGCACUGCAAACAGCACCAUCCAGUUUGACUCAGCCCCAUGUCUGGCUAAUAAUGUGCAGGCUCAGCUGGACUGUGAUGCCAACACACUGGCUGUGCAGUGGGCCGCUAUUAGUGGGAGUCCAAACUCCUACACUGCUCUGGCCAUUGGGAUGAACGACACACGCUCAUCUUGUGAAAGCAACAGCACUUCCUGUACUAUCCAGAGCUUAGACUGUGGCCACACCUAUGGCAUUGCUGUGACUGCCUCCACCAUACAAUGCCAUGUCCAGGGCUCUGAGUACCGGGUGCAGUCAGCCCCAUGUGAAGCAGAGAGCCCAUCUGUUUCUCUGGAGUGCAGUACUAACAUUGCCACGGUAAGAUGGGACACCAGAGGGGCGCAGCAGAUGUACAGGGUGUCUGCGGUGAAUUUCACUGGUGUUGGAGCAGAGUGUAUGACAACAGGAUCAUCCUGCACCUUUUCCCAAUUCCACUGUGGAGAGACUUACACAGUAACUGUUAUGGGAGUGACACAGCAGUGCACCAGUCAGCCCAGCACCACCAUGGAGCUCAGCACAGCUCCCUGCAUCCCCACCCAUGUCAUGGCAACCUAUGACUGCGACACUUCAAUUACCACAGUGACGUGGGACAUCGCCCGCGGUGCUGACAGUUACACAGUUUAUGUGGUGGGUAGCCAUGGAGACAGUGCCAACUGCUCUAACACAGACACCAGCUGUGACUUCCCAGACCUGCCAUGUGGACAGGACUUCAACGUCACAGUCAUUGGAGAACAUGGUGACUGUCAAAGCCUGCCCAGUCAGCCUGUCAUCGUAUCUACAGGUCCAUGUCCUCACUCUAAUCUUCGUGUCUCAUUGGACUGCAGCAGUAACUCUGCCCUUGUUUCAUGGACACCGGGUGAUGGUAUUCUGUUUUAUAACGCCUCGGCUGAUGCUUAUGAUGUGGCCGAUCAUGUGACCUGUGGCACAUCCGGCACUACGUGUAACAUCACCAAUUUGCAGUGCGCUGCAGUCUACCAGAUCAGUGUCAGUGGAGAAAGUCACACCUGCCUCACCACUCCCCAAGAGUGGGUCACUGUUUCUACAGGCCCAUGCCCCCCAACUCAGGUGUCUGUCCUGUCCUCAUGUGACUCAGACAUUGUGUCUGUAUCCUGGGCAGCCUCUCAGGGCUCUCUCUUCUACCUGGCGAUUGCCCAGAGUAGCGGAGGUCAUAAAGCAAACUGCAGCAGCAAUGGUACAGAAUGUGACAUCAGUGGACUGCAGUGCGGAGAGAUGUACGAAAUUUUUGUGUCAGGGGUGGACGAGAGCUGCAUCGGGCCAAAGAGUGAUGUCCACACUCUCAAAACUGCUCCUUGCGUGCCUCAGAAUGUCCAGACAAUACUGGGGUGCCAGUCAACCAUGCUUAAUGUUACCUGGCAACAGAGAGGCGAAGCCUCACACUACCAAGCCAUGGUGCAAAGCAGUGACGGUCAUGUGACGACCUGUGACACGAACAAGACCUCCUGCGUGGUUCCCAACAUCAUUUGUGGCCUGAUGUACAACGUGGCAGUGGUUGCCCAAAAUGAAAAGUGCAACAGCAUCCCCAGUUCUGUGCAACAGGCCAUCUCAGCUCCCUGCCCUCCCCAUGAUAUUAGUGCGUUCCUGGACUGUGCUUCUAACACAGUCUCAGUGAACUGGUCCUCCAGUGUGCCCGGUGUCCAAUACAUGGCACAAGCCAUCUCCACUACCAGCUAUUAUACAUGCAACAGCACAAACACAGGCUGUAACAUCACUGUGCCAUGUGGUGUGACGUACAACAUCACUGUAGUGCCCAUUCAGAAUGGCUGUGCUGGAGCCCAUUCACCCUACAAGAUCAUUCAGGCAGGUCCCUGUGCCCCUGCCCUGGUGAAUGUGGAGAUGGACUGCCUGUUUGAUUCAGCCUGGGUGAUUUGGAAUGAGUCGGCAGGGGCGGAUGUCUACGUUGCCGUGGCGAUGGACAGUGAUGGACAUCAGUAUGAGUGUAGCUCCAAUGACAGCAUGUGUGCAGUUCCCGACUUACAGUGUGGAAAGCAUUACAACUUCAGUGUAACUGCCUUCAACAGCCAGUGCAGCAGUGCUGUCAGCAACUUAAUGGAGUCUGAGACAGCCCCCUGUGCUCCUGUAGGUGUGGAUGCAUCGGUGGGGUGUGUGAGCGGCACGGUGAGUGUUUGGUGGGAAGAGAGUGUUGGGGCUGUGAGCUACACUGCUACACUCGAGCGCUCUGACGGCAACACCUCCUGCUGCACUGCACAUAACACCACUUACUGUGAGGUCACUUCCCUUCCCUGCGGCCAAAUGUACGUUUUGACGGUCACUGCAGAGGGACGCACCUGUAACAGCUCUCAGAGCACAGCCUCUAUCAUACGGACAGCACCCUGCACCCCGCUGGGUCUGACCUCCAGUGUGAACUGUAACACUAACAUAGCCACCAUGUCAUGGGCGAACAGUGCGGGCGGUCUGCUCUACACAGUCUACGCGGUGAGUGAGGACCUAAUGUUUUCGGACAGCUGCGACGGCUUUGAUGGCUCGUGUGAUCUGAGUGCCCUGGCUUGUGGACUCCAGUAUAGUGCCACAGUUGUGGCGCGGGACAGCACUUGUGUCAGUGCGCCAAGCACACCCACACAUAUCAGAACAGUACCGUGUGUCCCUCCAAACUUGAGGUUGGAGGUGGACUGCCAGACUCGCAACCUGAAUGUGUCUUGGGAAGAGAGUCCAGGGGCGUCUUUCUACACAGCCACACUGAUGGACAGCUGGGGGCGUUCUACUAACUGCCAGAGCCUGUCUAACAGCUGCAACAUUAGCAGCCUAGCCUGUGGAAACAUCUACCAUGCCAGCGUGGUCGCUUCUGACACAUACUGCAGCAGCCAGCCCAGCGAUGUCGUCGAUACAGAUGCAGUUCCUUGUGCCCCGAGUAAUAUCCAGGCAGUGAUGGACUGUCAGACUGGCUCGGCUGUGUUGUCCUGGCAGUCCAGUGCUGGCGCAUUGGAGUACACGGCCACAGCAGUCAGCACGUCUGGCCACGCCGUCUUAUGUGAGAGUAAUGAGACAAACUGUGAGCUUCUCCACCUAGUGUGCGGAUCCAAGUACAGCAUCUCAGUGCAGGCCAAGGGAAACACCUGUGGAAUCUCUGCCUCUAUGAGUGGUUACCUGGAGACAGGGCCAUGUGUUGUGGAGCAUGUCAGUGUGAGUUACACCCCGUCUUUGGGACAGAUCUCAUGGGACAUGAGCAGAGGGGCGAUAGGCUACAUGGCGAUGGCCCUUACCGAACAGGGCCUUCAGGCAUCCUGUUUAUCCCAGGACACUUCCUGCGUGCUCUAUGGCAUGGCCUGUAGCCAGACCUACAAUGUCACCCUCACAGCCAAUAACAGUGUCUGCCAGGGUGGGGUCAUAUCAACUCCUGUCAUAGUGGACACAGAACCGUGUCCCCCAACCAAUGUGCAGGUGCGUGCGGUGUGCUUGCAUAAGGAGGGAGUGGUUGCGUGGGAGGCAAGUGCCGGGGCGGUGAGCUAUGUAGCUGUGCUGGAGGGCCGAGAGGGCGACACUCUGUCCUGCCAGACUACAGAGACUACCUGCAGCGUGCCUGAACUGCAUUGUGGGACCGUUUACAUCACCACUGUACAGGCCAUUGGCCUCAGCCUCAACAGCUCUAACAGUGAUGCUGUACUGCUGACAACAGCCCCCUGCCUGCCAGACCCCAGCAGUAUUACUGUGGCUGUAGGAUGUGAUAAUGACACUGCGUUGGUCAGCUGGGCUUGGAGUAAUGGUGCUUCAUCCUAUGAGCUCACUGCUACAAGUAAUGAUGGUUAUGUAGCGACAUGUGCCUCCCAGCAGAACUACUGUAACUUCACAAACCUAGUUGUGUGGACAGACGUACAACCUCAGCCUGACAUCUGUCAACAGUGUGUGUCAGGUUACCCAGGAUACCAGCAUCACCUUCCAGACACGACCCUGCGUACCACUGCAUGUGGCAGUGAACCUGGAGUGCGGCUCAUCCACAGCUGUGCUGUCUUGGGAACAGAGGCUGGGUGUUGUGUACUACCAAGCCAGCGCCAACUUCAUGCCAGGAGGUGCAGCUACACUGUGUAACUCCACCACUGACAACUGCCGAUUCAGUGGGCUGCAGUGUGGAGUAGAAUAUUCAUUCAGCGUCAGAGCGCACAGCCACCAGUGCCAUAGUGACCUCAGCACCACUGUCCACAUCA